AUUGCUCGAUCGUUGCCGACAGAAAUCCCCAUACUUCCUGUUCCUGGCAACCCACCGAGGACACCAAAGACACCAAAGAGAGUGAACAAUGAUGAUCCGAGGUUCUAUCCCGUUGUGAAAGAAGCUGUCAAAGCUGAUCUACAGACACCGAGGAAGAAGAAGACCCGCCACAGUGAGAACCCACCCGUCGAGGGCCACGUCGGAUGGGUCGUCGACUACAAACUCAAGAAUGAAAGGAGUCAUACAGUUUCAGAAAGCUUGUCAGUGGCGAGUGUAACGUUGGAACACCCAUCCCACGAGCUACUGAAGGACAACAACUUCAUCUGGCACAAGUACAAUUCUUACCGAGCCAACUGCCUCAAGGAUCGUCGGAAAGUUGGGAUCGGGCAGUCCACAGAAAUGAACACUCUUUUCAGGUUUUGGUCAUUUUUUCUUCGUCACCACUUUCACCAAAAGAUGUACGAGGAGUUCAGGCAACUUGCCAUUGAGGAUGCCAAUGAAGGGUUCAGAUAUGGCUUGGAAUGUCUCUUUCGGUUCUAUAGUUAUGGUUUGGAGAAAAGAUUUCGACCUGACUUGUUUGAGCACUUCCAAGAGGAGACAAUCAGCGAUUAUCAAAAUGGCCAGUUAUAUGGCCUGGAGAAGUUCUGGGCUUUCCUCAAAUAUUCAAGGAAGCAUGUGCUGGUCGAUGGCAGGUUGAAGGGUUGGCUCAGCAAGUAUCAGAGACUGGAGGAUUUCAGAGUUGAGGUGCUUUCUUCAUCUUUCUUCCUUCACUCAUUCUCUAAUUAA